AUGGAGCGACGACGUCUCGGCGAUGUGAGGAUCGUUUUGGUAUUAAGGUUUCUCUGCCUGUCUGGCUUGUGUGGUCGCCUUUUUGGAGUCUCUCUUCUCGCGGUCGCCACUCAAGCCGACGACCAUCAUGGCUGUGAUCGUGUGAAAGAAAAUUAUGUACAACACAAGUUCGGUCCGGCCAAAGAUGUCCCUGACGAUCCUCUUCCCGAAUCUGACUUGUCUGUCUGUUUCAAUGGUUUGGAACCAGUCUGCCUUAUUCAUGCUCCCCUUCUUUCAGUUGGCAUCACUAGAAUUCCUUGCUUUUCCACUCCCCCCCCUCGUGCUCCCCCUUUUUCACUUGACCCUGCUUGUGCCCCCUUUUCCUCCCUCCCUCCCUGCUUUUCCAUCUUUAUUUUAUUUAUUUAUUUAUUUAUAUUUUUUUGUCUGUCUAUCUUUCCCCUCUCCUUUCUCUACAUUGAUAGUUUGUUUGAAUAG